GCGAGGUUGGUUCUGCUUGCUAGUCAUCGCCAAUACUCGAUAGAUCAUGCAUCUAAACCAGCGACCCUUGCUCUUAUCCUCCUCGUUCCGACAAGGUGGAACCUGGGCUGCAGAGACAGGUGUUCUUGAGAGUAGAGAUCAUGUGUCCCUGUUUGCCUUCGCUAUGCACCCAAAAGCAAUGUAGGUCACUGUACAUGCAAGAAGAAAGACUUGCAAAGAUCCAAGAUUUUCCGGUCCACAGGGAUAUCGCAUCUUGGGCGCUCACUGCCUACGCUGCCGUGUUGUUGCUUCCAGCCACAGCGGAAUGGAGAAAUUCGUUCACUGUCAGACGCUUUGAUGAAACGAGAGAUUGGAUCCUGAGCUUUUGGUAUGCCUUUUAUUGGGUCGCCGUAACGUUUUAUCAUUGUGGAAGACAAUCGAAUUCGUUGGGUCUAGCAAUGGCACGUCAAGAUACCUCCAGACAAUCGACACUGCUUUAAGCAGUUGGUCAUAAGAACGAAACAACCUCUAAUCAGUACUUAUUCGUAAUCGUUCCACGGACGUACGCAUGCGUACGUUUAUCCGGGCUUGUUCACGGUUCUUGGUCUGCUUUCGCUCAGUGCGUACAUAUACGUAUCUGACGUCGGCAGUCGGCACAGAAAGAAAACUCUCACCUACCUACCUACUUAAGGCCGAGCGUAUCGGAGGCCGGGCUCUCCUUCUCCUUCUCGGCCUACUAGCCGGAACGCUCCGACAACACGCCUAAUUCUCCUUUCCAGACCGUUGGAGUCUGAACGAUUUACGUCG